AACUGCGAUGCUUUUCACAGUGACAGAUGACAAAAAAAAAGAGGGAGGUUAUGUUUUUGUUUUCAUUUUCGUUCAUUUUGUUGAAAUGAGAAAUAUCUCAUCACCGGUCUUCAUAACAGAAAACUGUUGAAAUUUUGAAUUCUUUGUGAGACGAGUAAACUAAAAGAUUUGUAAAUUCAUAGUAAUAAUGGCGGAGGCGGAUGCACCAGUAAGUGUUAUUCGAGAAACCAGUCGAAACCGUCUGAAAUUGAAUCGUCGAAUGCACAGAGAAGUGGAGAGUGAUGCCCAGCGUUCGGUAGAAAGUAAAAGCCUGUCGUCUGACCAAAUAGCAGAUAUAGCAAAUCGACUCAAAAGCAAGUCAAAAGUGACCACCGCUGAACUUCACCUGUUGAAAAAUGCCCUCAUAGAUGAUGCAAAACAUUUAAAUGUAGUCCUCGGCACACAAGGUGCCUUACGUGGGCUGGUUAGAGAGAUAUCAGGAACAGAUGUUAGAAGACAAUGUGCUGCAGCAGGGUGCAUCUGCAACUUAGCGCUGGGUGACUCCAAGUCAUGUUGGACGGUAGCUAAAGCUACCGGAUCUUAUCUUGUUGCAGCUCUCGAUAGCUUGACUGUCGAGUUAGCGGUGACGUGUGCGUGGGCCGUGGGCAAUGUGGCGGGCGGCGGCGCGCGCGUGUGUCAGCUGCUCGUGUCGCAGGGCGCGGGCGGCAAGCUGGCGGGGACGCUGCGCGCGGGUGGGGAGCGACGGGCGGCGGCGCUGUAUGCGGCGCUGCGCCUGGCCUAUCAGCUCGGAGAUGAGCUGAGCGUGGAGCUCUUAGAAAAAAUCUUGGAAGGCCUGUUCAAAUACAAACAGCAAUGCUCGGCGUCAUCCCAGCUGCUGUUCAUCCUCUCGUGCCACAAUCACUUCGAAAAUAGGGAAUUUCCCGAGAAAUAUCUACAAGAACUACUAAAAUCUACCACAGUGAGUAUAGGAAAGCAUGUAUCUACCUGCAAACAAAACCGGUGUUGUGAAAUAGUGUAUCUAUUUAGAGCGUUAGCAAAUUUUGUGAUUAGUGAAAGAAUAUGUUCAAUAAUUUUAAACAGUUUCGUAGACAAUGAUAUUUUUAAAUAUUAUCCCGCAAUUUUAAAAUCUGAAAAUAAAAAUUUAGUUAAAUCCUUGUUGUGGUUAUUAGGAGUGUUAUAUAAGUAUUGUGAUCAAAAAGAUGUUUUAACGCAGAUUAUUGGAAUUUCAUGAUUUUAUAAAUAUUUUAAAGUGA